AUGACGUCGCUGAAUGAGUUCAAGCGAGUCGCCGAAACGGCGGGCCGCAAAGGGAUCAGCACUGGCCUUCCGGAAGGACUCCUGAAGAAUGAUAGCCGGACCAUGGCGACCGAGUCCAGUGUUUCAUCUCGAAGCCAUGACAGUAGUGGGACUCUGGGGUGUUUCCUGAAUCUCAAACGCCCAUCAUCUGAUGAGUGGAGGACCUUUGCUUUGACUUGCUCGCAUGUGGUGGUCCCCCCUUCCGCUGGUCUCUCCCACGAGGAUAAAAAGCCCCCGUGGGAUCCUGAACCUCAACAUGAUGAGGGGGAGAAAAUGGCUGGGAAUUAG